GAUCUCUAACUACAAUGUUCAAGCUCAGCGUGAUUUUCUUUCUUGCUCUUGGCUCAGCGAUCGCUUUUUGGCCUAUCGAUGUUGAAAGAAAUGCGGACGAAUUAUGCAUUAGAGGCGAUUCAAAACCGGGAUAUUGUGUACCCCGAAACCAAUGUUCGAUCAUUGUAAAUAUUCUUUCGCAACAAAAACCUGGAAUUCCACCCACACGCGCUAAUAUAUUGUACAUCAAAAAUUCGAAAUGUGAAUCAAGGCCAAAUGAUCACAGACAUGUGUGCUGUGAAGAAAUUGAAAAGAUUGACCAGGCAAUUCACGAUCUAUUAAUAGAAGAUUGCGGAAGAUUUGAAACGGAUAAGAUACUUGAUGGUACGGAAAUUCAAUUAAUGUCCAGGCCCUGGAUGGCGCUUCUCAAUUUUACAAACAAAGAUGGAAAAAAUGCUUUCACAUGUGGCGGCACGCUGAUAAACAAACGUUACGUACUAACAGCUGCUCAUUGCUUCUCAAAUCAAGAACUACUAUAUGUGCGUCUGGGAGAACACAACAUAAGCCAGCAAAUAGAUUGCAAAGGGAAUCGUUGUGCGCCACCAAUUGAAGAUAUUGGCAUUGAACGCAUUUUUGUGCAUGAAAAGUACUCACAUGAAACUGGUCAUAAUGAUAUUGCUCUAGUGAAACUCUCCAAAGACGUAGAAUUCCGAGAAAGCAUUACGCCCAUUUGCCUGCCAACGUCCGAGAUUCUUCAAAACAAAGUUAAGACUAUGCAAAGAUUCCGUGUUACUGGGUGGGGUAAAACCGAAAACACUAGUUUCUCUGAUGUUCCAAUGGAAGCCGUUGUAAAUCGGGUAGACCACUCAAUAUGCCAACAAGCAUAUACAAAAAAAAUCGAUUCAAAUCAAAUAUGCGCUAGUAACUCAUCAACCAAUUUCUGUAAUGGUGAUUCGGGUGGACCAUUGUCAUAUAUGCCGUAUUUGAAUGAUCAUCAACGGUUUGUACAGUAUGGAGUGGUCAGCUUUGGAUCGGAAAAUUGUACCGAUGGCUAUUCGGGUGUCUACACAAACGUUGGCAGUUACAUUCGCUGGAUCGCCUACAAGAUUGCCACCAAAUAAAUUGAACAAUCUAAUUUAUUACAAUUCAAAGUUUAUAUACCAGUAAAUAUGCACGUUAAUUAAGAAGUUCUAUAAAAUUUAUUGAUAAUGA